AUGUUUUUUGAGGUUAAACACCAAUUUAACCUUUUCCAAUACUAUAGGCUAGUAUUGACCUGUCAAAAGCAAAUUUAUAUCCUAAAAACUUUGCAAGUAACAAGAAUCAUGGACCUACUACGUCGUAAUCCCAUCUUGGAGGUAACAAAAUGCGAGAUGUGUCCCAGGAAGGUGUAUCACUUCGUCUCUGGGUUGUGUGCCCGCUGUCUGACUAUUUGGUCUGGAAAGAAACAAGCAGAUGGAAUCCAAAUCACAGUGAAUCAAUCAAAAUCUAUCAUAGUGGGCAUGGCCCGGGAUGAAGAGGAUCUAGGACAAAUGGAUCCGGUUUUCAGGAGUGCCAUAGAAGAGUCGCGAAUGAAGCGAAUGAAGCAAUUUGAUCUCUUCCUGAAGGUGCGCAACCAGUUUCAGUUUACCAUUCUCAACUCGCCGUACUACCGACAAGGACCCAAGGUUGUGACCAAGGAGGAUUACUGGAAUGUCCCGCAUAUCGUCGAUAGGGAUUUUAUGGCUUUUCAAAAAGAAAUCAACCUGCUGAGUGAUAUGGAACAGCAAUCUCUUAAAGAACAAUCAGCGAUAAGGAAAUUAGAAGAAUAAAGCUGGAAUUUUUUGUUUUUAUAUUUUUUAUAAACUUUAAAUGGAAAAUCAAAAUAAGUUCAAGGACUCUUAUUUGCUUAUUAGCUAGUGAUAAUAGCCAAUUACCAAACUAAACAAAGGCCAAUUGCUGUCCAGGGAAUUUUGGUAAAGGAUUCAAUCCUAAUGCUUUGUAAUUGGCACUUUUGGUCGGUGUAAUAAAUUACCCAAAAUCCAGGCUCAAACA